CUGUAUUACUUUGGCGGGCAUGCAAUGCAGCCAACUUAAAAAUCACAGCAUACAAAGAGACUUCCGGCUGCAUCUUUCUCUGUUUGAUAUCGGUUCAUUUGGUUUUAAACCAUGGGCAGAGUAAUUCGUGCUCAGCGAAAGGGUGCUGGGUCUGUUUUCAGAUCCCACACAAAAAGGAGAAAGGGAGCACCCAAACUUCGUUCUCUGGAUUAUUCUGAAAGGCAUGGAUACAUCAAAGGUGUUGUAAAGGACAUUCUCCACGAUCCUGGUCGUGGUGCACCUUUAGCUGUUGUACAUUUCCGUGACCCAUACAAGUUUAAAACACGCAAAGAAUUGUUUAUUGCACCUGAAGGAAUGUACACUGGACAGUUCCUAUAUUGUGGAAAGAAAGCAAAUCUUCAAAUUGGAAAUGUGAUGCCUGUUGGUCAAAUGCCUGAGGGUACUAUCGUUUGUAAUUUGGAGGAAAAGACUGGCGAUAGAGGCCGUUUAGCUAGAGCAUCUGGAAACUAUGCCACAGUUAUUGCUCACAAUCCAGAUACAAAGAAAACCAGAGUAAAAUUACCAUCUGGUGCCAAGAAAGUCAUUCCAUCCAACAACAGAGCUAUGGUUGGCAUUGUUGCUGGUGGUGGACGUAUUGACAAGCCGAUUCUUAAAGCUGGCCGUGCUUAUCAUAAAUAUAAGGCUAAGAGAAACUGUUGGCCAAAGGUUCGUGGUGUUGCUAUGAACCCUGUUGAGCAUCCUCACGGUGGUGGUAACCAUCAACAUAUUGGUAAAGCAUCUACAGUUAAACGUGGAACUAGCGCUGGUCGUAAGAUUGGUCUUAUUGCUGCGCGUCGUACCGGAAGAAUCAGAGGAGGAAAAACCGAUACCAAGAAAGAUGAUUAAACCUUGAUUAAAUUUCGAAACUUGUACAAUAAAAACGAUAAAAAUACCAUU